UCUCCCCUUCCCCAAUUGCCCCCGGCCUCGCCGCGCCGCGCCGCGGAACCCUAAACUCCCACUGCUGCUUCUGAGUUCCGCGCGCGGCGAUGGACUUGUACUCCGACGACUCGGACCCGGACAUCGACGAGGAUCUGCGCGAGGACCUCGACGCGCUGCGCCGCUCAUGCAUCCUCUCCGGGGCCAACCCGGACGCCACCGUCGCGCAGGUCUCCUCCGCCUGCUGCCUCGCCGGGCCCUCCACCCCCGCCCUCGCCGCGGCGACGGCCCCGGCGGCGGCGGGCACCGAUGGCCUCUCCUCGGACGACGACGAGGAGGAGGACGAGGACCUGGCCCUCGUCCGCAGCAUCCGCGAGAACCUCCACCGCCUCAGCAAGGCCUCGCCGCCGCCGCCGGGCGACGCCCCAGGGGGGGACGGCGACCCCUCCUUCUCGCCGCGCCCGAUCUGCACGUGGCCGCCGUCCGACACGGACGAGGAUGAGGACGACCUCGAGACGCUCCGCGCCAUCCAGCGCCGCUUCUCGCACUACCACUCCAGUACCUCUACCGCGUCACCAAAGACCAUGAAACCUGAGGCGUCUCAGGGAGUGCACAGCGAACAUUUUGCGGACAGGAACGAUGACGAGUUUGCUGCACAGAAGCAGAAUGCAAAGGCUCCUAAUCGAACUGGGUUCCCAAAAGCUGCGCUAUUAUUAGUGGAUGCUCUAAAGAAGAACAGAGCAUGCCAGAAGUUAAUUAGAAGAAAAUUGAUUAACAUUGAAGCGAAAAUUGAAGAAAAUAAGGAUCUUGGGGAUCGUGUAAAAUGUCUUUUGGGUUAUCAGUUAAGCUGCCGAAAAUCAGCCGGCAGAACUUUAAGCCAGAAGCAGGAUCCUCGUGUCAGAUUGAUUUCUUCUCGGAAACCAAUUCGGCUGUCUGAAAAGAAUAAUAACAGAAAGAUGCCGGCACUAUUUCUUGGGCCAGCUGAGAACCCCCAUGUUUCAAAGUAUAAAAUGGUGCUGGAGCGAUUCCCGAUGUCAUUUAAGAAACAACCAUGGUCAGAUGUGGAGAAAGAUAAACUUGCCAGAGGAAUAAAGCAGCAAUAUCAAGAAACAUUGAUUUUGGACUCGCUGAAUAAUGGAAGUGCCAUUGGUGACUUCAGUGCUAUUGAUAUGGCAUAUGCACUGACGAAUGCUGCUGGUAAUUUUGAGGUGACUCCAGAAAGUCUUAGAUCGGUACUUCCACUAAUAAACUGGGAUAAAAUUUCUGCUAUGUACCUGCCUGGUCGGUCUGGUGCUGAAUGCGAAUCGAGGUGGCUAAACUGUGAUGACCCAUUGAUUAACCGUGAAGCCUGGACUGCCCAGGAGGAAACAAAACUUCUACUAAUUGUUCAAGAAAAGGGAAUGUACAACUGGAUUAACAUAGCAGUUACAUUGGGCACUCACCGGACUCCUUUCCAGUGUCUUGUUCGUUAUCAACGAAGUCUUAAUCCCCACAUAUUGAACAAGGCUUGGACAAAAGAGGAGGAUCUUCAACUUCAAGCUGCUGUUGAGACCUUCGGUGAGAAGUGGCAACUUGUAUCAGCUAGCCUGGAUGGUCGUACUGGCAAUCAGUGCUCUAAUAGGUGGAGGAAAACCUUGCACCCUACAAGGACAAGAGUGGGAAGAUGGCAUAUGGAUGAGGACAAACGCCUCAUGGUUUCUGUCAAGCUAUUUGGAUCUGGCAGCUGGAGUAGGAUUGCUCCAUUUAUUCCUGGCCGCACACAAACGCAAUGCCACGAGAGGUGGCGUAAUAUUCUUGAUCCAAAUAUAGAUCUUGGGAAGUGGCGGCCUGAGGAAGAUUCAAAGUUAUUGGCUGCAGUAUCUGAGUUUGGGCCUUGCUGGUCCAAGAUUGCUAUGAUGAUUCCUGGCCGUAAUGAUAAUAUGUGCUCUAGACGAUGGAAUAAACUUUGUAAACAUCAGCUGCCUGCAGUUAAAGCAGCCAUUCAACUAAAGAAAUCUGUUUUCCAAACCAAUUUUGUUGAUAGAACAAAAGAGCGGCCUGCCAUUGCCCCCAGUGACCUAAUGGCACUUGUGCAAGCGAAAGAUGACGGAUCUGGCGAGAACACAAGAGAUAGAUCCAGACAGCAAACCAAAGAAAACCUAGCUGUGUCCAACAUUGUCAACAGUUCAACUGCUCCUGUUUUUGUUGCUGCCAAUAUUGUUUCAAACACAAUUUCAAGAAGACCAAGGAGGAAAUCAACAAGACAAAAAUCGAAAAAGCAAACUGAAGAGAAUGUUGCUGUGCCUGAUGGUGUCAACGAUUUAUCUAGCAGCUGUAGCAGAUCCAGAAAGAGGAAAUCUACUACUGGCAGCAAUGCCACUGUACAAAAGAGAAUGAGGGGAUCUAUCUCUGUGGAUAAUGAGGCUGUUCCAAUUGAAUUGAGGGGCACUGACAGCGCUAAUAAUGAGGUAGGAACAAAUACAAUAAUGGACCCUGUGUCUGUUGGUGCUGAGGGAGUAGUCAAAAAGAGAACCAGGCGUUCGAAACCUGCUGGCAGUGAGGGGGCUACCAGAAAGAGGACGUGCUCUAGCAGCACUGAUAAUGAGGUAGGAACUAAUAUGAUGAAGGACCCUGUCUCUGGUGAAGUGGGAGUAGUCAAAAAGAUAACAAGUCGCUCAAAACCUGUUGGCAAUGAGGGGGCUGCCAGAAAAAAGAUGAGGGCCUCUGUCCCUGUUGGUGAUGAAGGCGCCAUCAAAAAGACAGGUUCUGACGCCACUGAAAAUCAUGGUGGUGUGACGAAAAGGAAGAGAGCACCAUCAAGGAGGAAAUCAGCUGGAAAUAAUUUGACGACAGAGGAUGUGGCGAAUGCUUCCCUUGAGUUGGGCCUUCCUAGUACGCCUUCUGAAGAAAGAGUUGUUGAUGCUGGAAAUAUAAAUAAAGGGAGAAGAAAGUCAGCCCCAAGACCUAAGCAAAUAGAUAUGUCUGAAGGGGAUGCUGAUAAACACUCCCCAUCCACACGACUUGCCAGUUGCCUGUCGUUUGCCCGUAUGAAAGGAAUCGACAGGAACAAAAGAUAAUUGAGUUGAUGUAUAAUAUUGACGAGAAUUGCUGCAUUGAAAAGACCUUAACGAGUUAACGUGACAAUUCGAAAGCAAUGCUUGAAAGGGUUUAGUUUCACAAUGAAGAUGAUUUUCCUGUGGGGAUUACAAUCACUAUACGUGGAAUGCCCAAAGGAUGGUGCCCAUAAGCCAGGAGUGUCAUCAGGCAAACAGUGCCUUUUAUGUAUGCAGCUCUGUAGCCGAUUCCCUUGCGCAAGGAGUCUUAUUCGUAACAGAACCAGUGGUCCCUGGAUGUGAUCAGUCGAUGCCAAAUUGGUACUCCAUACACAGGUAGUUGUAACCUGUAAGUGCUUGCAAAAAGUAUCACAUAAGAUUGACAUGAACUUGACAUUUUUUAUAGACGCGUGCUGUCCUAAAUAUAUGCAUGAUACGUUACUAGCGUACUGUAGUUGGGAAACUCAGGUCGUACGACGCUGUCGUUGGACUGUUGGAAGGCCCGGCAAGUCGUCUCCAGUUGGUACUCGACGUUUUGUGCGUUAAUUGCUGUUCAUUGAUUCUGCAUUACGCUUGUGCAAUGAAUGAGCGUAGUUUGCGCUGGUAGUACAAAUAUCCGCAUUCACAUCAAGCUUCGGGCUCAUAUGCCGCCGCGUUUGGCUAAGACGUUCAUGAACAUGCGAAGCCGGAGCUUGUGUAUUGGUGUGUGCCGGCUGGAUGACCACUGGCUGAAAUUGUCAUCAACAUUGACCACAUGAGAAGUAGCGUAUGCUUGAGACAGCAUAUUUUGCCGCACUUGACCAUAAAAACAGUAUGGUAGAUACUUCUGCUCA